AUGGCUGAUUCCCAACCACAUAGUAACUACUUCACUCUGACUUUCAUAUCCUGUACAUCUGCAGUGCUAAGAGCCGUGUUAAUCAUCCAGAACUGGUACCGAGGUUACAGAGCUCGGCUGAGGGCCAGACAACACUAUGCCCUCACUAUCUUCCAAUCCAUCGAAUAUGCUGAUGAACAAGGCCAAAUGCAGCUGUCCAACUUCUUCUCCUUUAUGUUGGAUAAUUAUACAAAUAUGGGUGAGGACGAUCCAGAAUUAGUUCAUCGAUUUAUUGCAAGUCAACAGGAAAUCAAGAGUAGACAGGAGUAUGUGGAGUUGAUAGAUGUCCCAGAUUCCUAUUUAGGUCCUCGGCUGCAAUUUCCUCUCACUUUUACUGAUAUUGAUUUACUUCUUGAAGCCUUCAAGCAACAACAGAUACUUCAUGCUCAUUAUGUCUUAGAGGUGCUAUUUGAAACCAAGAAAAUCCUGAAGCAGAUGCCAAAUUUCACUCACAUAAAAACAUCUCCCUCUAGAGAGAUUACAAUUUGCGGUGAUUUGCAUGGGAAACUGGAUGAUCUUUUUUUGAUCUUCUAUAAGAACGGUCUCCCCUCAGAGAACAACCCAUAUGUUUUUAAUGGUGAUUUCGUAGAUAGAGGAAAAAAUUCCAUGGAGAUCCUAAUGAUCCUAUUGGUGAGUUUUCUCGUCUACCCCAACGACGUGCACUUGAACCGAGGGAACCAUGAAGAUUUUAUGAUGAAUCUGAGGUAUGGCUUCACAAAAGAAAUUUUGCAUAAGUAUAAGCUACAUGGAAAAAAAAUCUUAGAAAUUUUGGAGGAACUCUAUACCUGGCUCCCGAUUGGUACAAUCAUUGACAAUGAAAUCCUGGUCACACAUGGUGGGAUAUCAGAGUCCACAGACUUGAAUGUACUCCAUCGUCUAGAAAGAAACAAAAUGAAAUCUGUGCUGAUACCACCAAUGGAUGUAAGUAGAGACCAGGCUGUGGAAUUUGAGCAAAGUAGAAUGGGUAUAUCUGUUUCUGCGUCAGAGAUAUUCAAACAAGGCGAAACUUCUGAGCAUUUAUCAAGGCAUGAAUGGGAACAGGUUAUUGAUAUUCUGUGGAGUGAUCCUAAAGGCAGAAAAGGCUGUUACCCGAACACAUGUCGAGGAGGGGGCUGCUAUUUUGGACCAGAUGUUACCUCCAAGAUUCUUAGUAAAUUCCAGUUGAAGAUGCUCAUUAGGUCUCAUGAAUGUAAGCCCGAAGGGUAUGAAAUCUGCCAUGAUGGGAAGGUUAUAACUGUAUUUUCUGCUUCUAAUUAUUAUGAAGAAGGCAGCAAUCGAGGAGCUUACAUAAGACUGUGUAGUGGUAUGAAUCCUCGAUUUUUCCAGUACCAAGUAACCAAGGCAACGUGCCUGAAACCUCUUCAUCAAAGAGUGAAUAUCAUGGAAAUCAGUGCCAUCAGGGCACUAAAAGAGAGAAUGAUUUCACGAAAAACUGACCUCACUCGGGCUUUUCAACUUCAAGACCCCAGAAAAUCAGGAAAAGUUUCUCUGGGCCAAUGGGCUUUAUCCAUGGAGAACAUUUUGGGGCUGCAGUUACCAUGGAGAACCCUGAGUUCGCAUCUGGUAACGGCGGACAAAGAUGGAAAUAUCAUGUACAUGUCCAGCUUCCAAGAUAUCCACAUUGAAAAACCUGUACAACAGGCUCAAUCUACUAUAGUUGAAACUGUGUAUAGAUACCGAUCUGACCUGGAAAUCAUAUAUAAUAUGAUUGACUCUGAUCACUCAGGCCUGAUCUCCAUGGAAGAAUUUCGUGCCAUGUGGAAACUUUUUAGUUCUCACUACAAUGUUCCUAUUGAUGAGUCUCAAGUUGAUAAGCUUGCCAACACAAUGGACUUGAACAAAGAUGGAAGCAUUGACUUUAAUGAGUUUCUGAAGGCUUUCUAUGUAGUGCAUAAAUAUGACACAUCGAAAUCAGACAGCAGCCUUUAUAGGCAGACAUGAGAGCAUUCCUCAGGUUCCUUAUAAACAGUUGGACCCAAAUCACA